AACUAGACCGGCAAUGUUUACAUCGUCGCGCGUCCACAGCACCUCAUUCUUGAGGAAAACUCUCGCCUCCUUAAUAUGACGCGAUAAUAAAUACCUCAGAUUUUUGUAAUAAGAGCAAAGAUGUACAAUCUAUGCAAAGUAACACACCCAGCCCUGGGAGUUGAGCACUCUCUCUACUGUAACUUCUUUAGUCACCGGGAGAAGUCCCUGGUUGUUGCAGGGGCAAACAUUAUACGAGUUUUCCGUCUGGUGGCAGAAGUGUCGCCCAGAAGCAAGAAGGAUGACCGGAACAUCACAGAUAAUGGUCCACCAAAGGUUAAGCUAGAAUGCAUGGCUACAUACAAAUUGCAUGAUAAUGUGGCCACGAUGGCAUCUGUUACUCUGUCCCCUCUGCGAGACUCUCUCCUGCUUGGCUUCAAGGAUGCCAAACUCUCAGUGGUGGAAUAUGAUCCUUACAACCACAACCUAAGAACAGUCUCACUACAUUAUUUUGAGAAGGAAGAUAUCAGGGGAGGCUGGGUACAAAAUGUGUGCCUGCCACUUGUCCGGGUAGAUCCUGAGGCAAGAUGUGCUGCCAUGCUUAUAUUUGGCAGAAAGAUUGUUAUUCUCCCAUUCAGAAGAGACAAUGCUACAGACGAAUUAGAUUACAGUGCAUCACACGCAAGAGGUCCAGUGCUGCAGUCUUACAUUAUAGAUCCAAAGGAUUUUGAGGCCCCCUCCAUUGACAACAUUAUAGACAUGCAGUUCCUCCAUGGAUAUUAUGACCCAACUCUGAUGUUGCUGUAUGAGCCCAUCAAGACCUUCCCAGGGCGAGUAGCAGUGCGUCAGGACACAUGUGCCCUUGCAGCCAUAUCUCUUAAUAUCCGGCAGCGUCUUCAUCCAGUCAUCUGGUCCCUGUCUAGUCUUCCACAUGACUGUCUGAAGUUGCUCCCUGUUCCAAAGCCCAUUGGGGGUGUCCUCUUGUUUGCUUGUAACUCACUCACAUACUUGACUCAGUCAGUGCCUCCAUAUGGUGUUUCUCUUAAUUCGCAAGGUGACAAAAACACCAAUUUCCCCUUAAGAAAACAAGAGGGAGUGGUAAUAUCUCUAGACUGUGCACAUGGCGAGUUCGUCACAGAUGACAGGGUUGUAAUAUCAUUGAAAGGUGGUGAGCUGUAUGUUUUGACCUUGGUAGCAGAUUCCAUGCGUUCUGUGCGGAGUUUUCAUUUUGACAAAGCUGCUGCAUCUGUGCUAACAUGCAGUAUGACAGUCUGUGAGGACCAGUACCUUUUCCUUGGCUCACGACUGGGAAAUUCCUUGCUCCUCCGGUACAUAGAAAAGGAGUUGAGUGAUCCUCUGCGUUCUAGGAGCAAUGUUCCAGCUGAUCAAGAACCUCCUACCAAGAGGAAGAAGUUUGACACAUUAGGUGACUGGAUUGCUAGUAAUGUAGAUGACAUUCGAGAUGAUGAUGCACUUGAAGUAUAUGGACAAGAGGAUACCUCAACUGUCCAGCUUGCUUCGUAUAACUUUGAGGUAAUGGACAGUUUGUUGAACAUUGGCCCAUGUGGUGACAUAGCCAUGGGUGAGCCAGCUUUCCUGAGUGAAGAGUAUGAAAAUGCCGUUGACCCAUGUGUGGAACUGGUUACAACAUCUGGACAUGGAAAGAAUGGUGCACUGUCCAUUCUCCAGAGAUCCAUCAAACCCCAGGUGUUGACAACUUUUGAUUUACCGGAUGUAGAGGACAUGUGGACACUCGUUGGUAAAACAGAUGAGAGAAGGAGAAGGGAAGGAGGUCUUCAAGACCAUUCCUUCCUUAUCCUCUCUCGGCCAGAUUCAUCUUUGAUCUUACGUACAGAGGAGGAAAUCAAUGAGUUGGAAGAGUCAGGAUUUAACACCACUUCACGAACAGUGUUUGCAGGAAAUGUUGGAAAUAAUAGAUACAUCAUCCAGGUGACCAGUGGUGGUGUGAGACUCCUUGAAGGUACAUCACAAAUCCAGCAUGUACCAGUAGAUGUUGGCUGCCCCCUUGUUGCAGCUACCUUAGCAGACCCUUACCUUGCAGUCCUUGCAGAAGAUGGUACUCUUAUGGUCUUCACGCUGGUCACAAGCCGGACACUCCCACCAAAGCUUACCACCGCAAAGCCUUUUAAUCCAGAUAAAUCACCUCUGCGGACAGUUUGUGCAUACUGUGAUGUGUCAGGACUCUUUACAACACAGUAUCCACAAGAUAGAGAAAACAACCCCCAGAUCUUCAGAACAGAUGCUGAUAUUAAGAAAGAACUGGAUGAUGAGGAUGAGAUGCUUUAUGGAAACACAGAUUCCUCUGUCUUUGAUCCACCUAAGACAUUUGAUCCCUUAGCCCAACAGGAGAAAAAUCAGAACACUUGGUGGAAGAAAUGGCAGAAGGAAGUUCGUCCUACUUACUGGCUAGUUGGAGUGAGAGACAAUGGCAACUUGGAAAUAUACACACUGCCAGACUUCAAGUUAUCAUAUGUUGUCAGAAAUUUUUGGGUUGGUCACAGAGUUCUCACAGAUUGCAGCCAAAACCCUUCAGCUUCACAGAUUCAAUUUACGUCAGAGAUUAUGCCAGUAAUACAUGAGGUGUUGUUAGUGGGUAUGGGUAAUAAGAACCUACGCCCGAUUCUGCUUGCCAGGGUCGAUGAAGACCUCAUGAUGUAUGAGAUUUUCCCUUUUUAUGAGAAUCUAGCUCCAGCCCAGUUGAAAAUAAGAAUGAGAUUGAUUGAACACAACCUAAUUCUAAGAGAAAGACGAUCCAGUAAAAACAGGAAGAGAAUGGAGGAGGAAGGUUCCUUUGACAGGAAAAUUGACCGAGUUCUCAAGUUCCGUCCCUUCAGUAACAUCAGCGUCUACAGUGGAGUAUUUGUCUGUGGUCCAUAUCCUCACUGGCUUUUCAUGACAGUGAGAGGAGAGAUGAGAUAUCACCCAAUGAGUGUGGAUGGCUCUGUCAAAUGCUUCGCUCCCUUCAGAAAUGUAAACUGUCAAAAUGGCUUCCUUUACUUCAACCGCAAGGACUCUCUGAGAAUUUGCCUGUUGCCCACAAUUCUCUCUUACGAUGCCCCGUGGCCGGUUCGCAAGGUGCCAUUGCGAUGCACUCCGCACUUCAUUGUGCACCACCUCGAGACCAAAACCUAUUGUGUGGUCACCUCCAAUUCUGAGCCAACUCUCAAGAUCUGGAAGUUUAAUGGUGAUGAUAAGGAGGAAGUGCUGGAGGAGAGAGAUGAUCGGUUUAUCCAGGUUCAAGUGCCAACGUUUUCCAUUCAGCUUUUCUCGCCUGUUAAUUGGCAGAUGAUUCCAAACACAGACUAUGACUUGGAGCCGUGGGAGCACGUGACCUGUUUUAAGAAUGUCAUUUUGGCAUACGAGGGUGAUAGGUCUGGCCUCAGAGGGUAUCUGGCAUUAGGGACAACGUACUGUUUUGGUGAAGACAUCACCUGCAGAGGACGCAUUCUUAUUUUUGAUGUCAUUGAUGUGGUGCCAGAACCUGGCCAGCCCUUGACGAAGAACAGACUCAAGAUGCUUUACGAGGGGGAACAGAAGGGCCCAGUCACAGCUUUGUCUCAUUGCAGAGGUCUUCUUGUUUCUGCUAUUGGCCAAAAGGUGUACAUCUGGCAGCUAAAAAACACAGACUUAGUUGGCAUGGCCUUCAUAGACACACAAGUCUACAUCCACCAGCUCACAUGCAUCAAGAGUCUCAUCUUAGCUGCAGACAUAUGUAAAUCUGUCUUUCUGCUCCGGUUCCAGGAGGAAAACAGGACACUGUCUCUAGUUGCAAGGGACCACAGGCCACUCCAAGUUUAUGGCAUUCAGUACCUGGUUGAUAAUACAACGUUGGCUUUCAUUGCUAGCGAUGUGGACAAGAAUCUUGUGGUAUACACCUACAACCCAGAGUCACAUGAGAGCAUGGGAGGGACUCGCCUAAUCAGAAAGGGAGAUUUUCAUCUAGGUUCUCAUGUUAAUUCUUUCUUUAGGAUUCGAUGCAGAGUUGGAGAUGUGUCAAGUGAUCGCCGUGCAGGGCAGAACAUAGAGCGUCGGCACAUCACCAUGUAUGGAUCCCUGGAUGGCUCUUGCGGAUACAUGCUGCCUGUGAGUGAGAGGACCUACCGACGCUUCUCUAUGGUUUACAAUCUCUUGGUGCAGCAUCUCCCUCAUAUUGCAGGUCUGAACCCAAAGGCUUGCCGCACAUUCCAAGGUCGUCACAAGCUGAACUACAACCCUGCACGGUCUAUUUUGGAUGCAGAACUCAUUUGGUCAUACCUCCACCUUCCCUUGCCAGAGAAAAUUGAGAUUGCCAAGAAAAUUGGAGCAAAAGUGGAUGACAUAAUAGAGGAUUUGAUGGACAUUGAUAGAAUGUGUGCGCAUUUUUGAUAAGUAAGUGAAAGUGGGUAUGUGUGUGCAUAACAUUCAGUAAUUAUUUGAAAAGAUAAUGAUAAACAAAUAUUUGUCAUUUACGUGUAGGUAGUAUAUAUUAUUCCCUUUUUUAUUAAGCUAUGAGUACCUUGUUAUAGUAUAUUUUCUAUUUUUGAACGUAAAGGCAUUUAGGGAAUUGGUUCAAGAAUUUAAAAGGGUACAAGAGAUAAGGUUUAAAGACUAAGUAGUAAAUCUUAAAAACUUUUUCAAGUACAUAUAUUUUAAAUGUUUGACAUUUGACAGUAACUAUUGAUAAGUUCUUAUUUAAUGUGAAAUCUUAACCAUCCACCACAGACAUGUAUUUACGAAAUUUUAUAUAAAUACAGUCACAGGUGUUAGGAAUAUGCAAUAUUAUUUUUAUUUCAAAUUUUAUUUAUCUUUAUUUUGUUUGUUUGUUUGUUUGUUUGUUUUUUAAGAAACAUUAUUCAUUUAAUUGAAUGAUUAGUAAGCUAUGCUCAAUUAUUAUAAUGGUUUCAGCCAGACAUUAUAUAGACAUCUUGUAAAUGUGAUAGUGAGACUAUCAUGUACGGGAAAGAACAUAAAGACCAGAAAACAAUGGAAUAUGCUCAGUAUGGAAAGAAAGAGAUGGUGGGUGAUGCUCAGCACUUUAAAAAAUAACUAAAAUAACCCACUGUGCCAGGUACAUGCACUUUCUGCUGUAGAUUUAUCUCAGUUUUGUUUACAUAUAGAUAGCUUCACAAGCCUUCAGUGUGCAAAAUAGCUGCCAAGGAGUCAGUUGUUAGGCCAAAUUGGUCUCAUAUGUUUAUCCUACCUCCUGAUUUUUUUUAAAGUUAUAUUUCUAAUUCUAGUAUUAUCAUUAUUAAUGUUGUCAUUCUUGAUAUUGACAUUUUUAUUCUUUUAGUCUUAUGAACGAUAAUAGUAAUAAAGAUAAAAACUUUUCCUUCUGAAAAUUCAAGGAAGAGGUUAAACAGGUAAGAUCAGGUAGGUCUAGUGAUUGACUCCCUGGUGUCUAAGCUUUUGUGGAACCCUCUGUGUGUAGACAGAAUUAAGGAAAUAACAGGGCAUGUGUAUGUACCUUCCUGGUGUCAGUAGGCUAAGAGAGAAUGUGGGGGAGAGAAAAGAGCGAAAUUUAAAUACUUACUACCUAUAUGUAAUUAACGGAAUAAAUUAAUUUGAUUAUAAAAUGUUA